AUGCCGGAUUAUGUCAUGUCAUUGCGAAACAUAAAAGUAGUAUUUACCACCUUUUUAAUAGCUCAUUUCAACCUUUUUAAAUUGCGUCGUUACCCUAAAGACGUCUAUGAACUUUUAAAGGUCGAAAACAUUUAUAGCGUUAUGCUCAGCAUAUUUCCUUGUAAAAGUCGAAUAAUAUUAUCAUAA